AUGGCAGGUGGAUCUAAGAGCCAUUACUCACCCUUAGGGGCAACGUACGGAGUCAGAAUUGAACAAUUUGUGGAGACGGCAGAGGAUUUUCAAAAGUAUCAUGGAAAAUUGAAUCGGAAGCUGCAGAAGUUGAGACACCAUUGCCAAUUGACCACCAAGGACACCAAGCGGUAUUCGUCUAAGGAAAGGUAUUCUAAACUUACACACGAGGACUACGACUCCAAAAAUAAGCUUGUAGGGACGUUGAUGCUACUGCAUGCCGAAAGAGACUUGGCUCUGGCGGAGACCUUGCGGCUCAAGGCGCGCCAAAGAGGCCACAUCAAGAAGUCCGAGGGCAAAGUAGUGGCCACGCGGCUGAAAAAAGCAUGCGGGACAUGCCAACGGCUCCUGGAGGUGACAAAGAACGAACAGGACCCUGUUACGCGUGCCGAGUACCUCAUUUACCAGAAGCUGGUGACGGUCAGUUACCUUAACUUCAAAAACUCAUUGAAGUCCCGCUCUGCUGUUUCGGUGGCCGAUACGGUGGCACAGGAACUCAGUUUGGUCGUCUCUGCCCUUCAGUUCCUGCAUUCCACGGGGAAGCUGGGUGCUGAAGUGGCUGAGUCUAUAACGGCUCAAUUUGACUACAUUUUGAGACAAAGCGCCAGCCGCGAGGCUUCUACAUCGAGGGAGCUUCGUAAUUUUGUCACCAGGAACGUGCAGGAGAAUUCUAGCGAACCUCUUAUAUCGCUUUUGUUGCAGGAUGGCUUCGAAAUGCCCGUUAUAGUGGAAGACGAGAAUUCCUCUGCUACCGCUGCUGCCACUAUCCACUGGAGAAGAUUUUCUGCUCAGGUCAAUGACUCCAAGGUAGCAGAGGUCAUUUCAGAGGCUCAGAACAUCGGGACUGACGAGCUGUCUCAAUUCUCAGAAAAAAUGGCGAAGUGGCAGCAGGCUUUGGACUUACAAAGAGCAGUUGUAGAGCAAAAGCACAACAAUGACCACGACGAAACGACCGGCGAGGAUGAUGAAAUUUUAAUGACUUACAUCCAGUACAAUUUGCAUUUCACGACCAUUCAACGUGACGACAUCCUUUUCAACAGACUAUGGACGUACUGGGCCAAAUCCUCUGAUAAGUCGAAAAACUUGAAACUCACCAAGUACAAGGAGAUUGAACGUAUUGUCCACAAUUUAACCACUUAUUUGCAGGACGUCAUGGACCUUCCUGGUGUCUACUCGGAUGACACCUUGAUGGCGAACCUCAAGUUGGCCACUGUGUACUAUCAGUUACACUUAACAGCAGGCUGUUUGGCGUCGUUCUAUCAGGGUGAACAAAAACAUCUGGAAGCUCUUGCGCUCUACAUUGAUGCCCAAAAAAUUUUGAGUUCCGCACUCGAAGACUCCUCCUUCGAAGAAGCCUUACCAGGAGACAUUAUCAACUCUGAAAGGCUUGAGAACCUACAGGAGUACCUUAAGACUGCUGUUAAUAGUGUGAUCUUCCUUGCCGAGUACGAAAAGCUUUCUUCUUCGUCUAAAUUGUCGGCGUUCGAACCUUCAUUAUUGGAGAAGCUAAACAGACGCAUUACACCUCAGGAUGUUGUUUUGAAAAAUUUGGUACCGCUGAGGCCAGUGAUCCGUCCCGUAGGAGCCAAACCAACCUUGUUCGAUUUGGCAUUCAACUACAUAUCUUACGACAACCAACCGGAGGAACAUUUCACUAUCAAUGAGCAGGAUGUCCAAUCUGAAUCGGAAAGCAUGAUUCAAGACCAAGAACAAGUAUCGAAGAAGAAAGGGCUUUUCGGGCUCUUUGGCUUGUGA